CCAACCCGGAAUUGAGUUUAAAUGAGCGACAGAGUGUUCUGGGUCACUUCCCAAGACUGAUCUUAACGUGAGAAGGAACCCCAGAGGAAGAGGAAAGCGAGGAGUCAGAAAUGACUCCUUCCGAGGGACGGCUGACAUUCCAGGAUGUGGCCAUAGACUUCACUCAAGAGGAGUGGGAAUGCCUGGACCUCAGUCAGCGGAAAUUGUACAGGGACGUGAUGUUAGAGAAUUACGGGAACCUGGCCUCCUUGGGGCUUGUCUCUGUGCUGGACCUGGUCACCUUUCUGGAGCAAUUGAAGGAUCCCAGGAAUAUAAGGAGAAUGGAGACAACAGCCAUUUACCCAGCUGUGUCUCCACAAGACACCCAGAAUUUGAUGCCAAAGAAUCCAGCAUUAGAAGAAGUAUUCCCAAAAGGAAACCUAGGAAUAUAUCAAUUAUUUCACCUCAGAAACUUAAAUUUAAUGAAAGAUCUGGAAUAUACGAGGGUAAAUGAAAGACAGAGAGGAUGUUUCUAUGGACAUAAAGAAAUGGAGACAGUGACACAUAAUGCUAACAUUACUGGCAAAAGAAAUGAGCAGCGUGAGUCAAAUUGGGAAAAACACCAACUUCAGUCUUCAACAUCUGCCAAGAAGUGUAAGUGUUUAAGAAAAGAUUUCCAUCCUUUUUUGAAACAUACGUGUUCUCUAAAAGAAAAUGUGGAAAAUCUGGAAGAUAAUCUAGUCUCUACUGCAAAUACUCAUUCUGAACAAAGGCUUCAACUAAACAUACAUUCAAGCGUGUCUGAACACCUACAAUUUAACAAUGAGUGUGAAAACUCACAGUCUAAUCAAUUUGAGGGAUCCGUGAGCAGGGUGUCAUUAUUCUUUCCCCAAGAGAUAUUUUCUCUCCAUUCCAAGAUGUAUAAUGUUGAUGAUAAUGGAAGAGAUGCAAUCCAACCAUCAUUGUUCAAUACAUAUCGUGAUAUGGUUAAUACACAACAACUUUCCAUAUAUAAUAAAAUGAGUCUGACCUUAAGUAAGAGCUCCAGCUCCAAUAAUUACAAGAAUAUUUAUGGUGGACUGAGAAGAUAUUCAGGCAAUGAAACUAGGUAUACAGUUGAAGGAGACUCAAACCUUAUGAAACAUCAGGGACCUAAAUCUUCAAACAAGGAUUCUAAAAGCAAUAAAUGUAGAAAUACCUUUGAUCAAAUGUCAGGUUUUUCUCUAGAUAAGAGUACUUGUGCUGGAGAGAGGACUUGUAGUGAAUAUAGUAAGGUUUCUAAUCACUGUUCAGAACUUACUCAACAGGACACUGUUCAGAAUCCACAGAAAGAAAACAAGUGUAAGAUACGUGAGAAAGUAUUUAGUAAGUCAUCCAGUCCAAGUAGACAUAGGAAAAUUCAUACAGGAAGGAAAUCUUUCAAGUGUACAGAAUGUAGCAAAGCAUUUAACUGUCACUCACUUCUUACUCAACAUCAGCGAAUUCAUGCUGGAGAGAAACCUUAUAAAUGUACAGAAUGUAGCAAAGCCUUUACUUACAACUCAGAACUUAUUGAACAUCAGCGAAUUCAUACUGGAGAGAAACCUUACAUAUGUAAAGAAUGUAACAAAGCCUUUCGUCGUUCCUCAUUUCUUAGUCGACAUCAGCGAAUUCACACUGGAGAGAAACCUUACAAAUGUACAGUGUGUGGCAAAGCCUUUACUGACUACUCACAUCUUAUUCAACAUCGGCGAAUUCAUACAGGAGAGAAACCUUAUAAAUGUACAGAAUGUAGCGAAGCCUUUAUCAGUUCCUCAUAUCUAACCCAUCAUCAGCGAAUCCAUACUGGAGAGAAGCCUUAUAUAUGUAAAGAAUGUAACAAAGCCUUUCAUCGUUGUGCAGCUCUUACUCGACAUCUUCGAAUCCAUACUGGGGAAAAACCAUACAAAUGUAAUGAAUGUGGCAAAGCCUUUAUUACGAAUUCAGCCCUUACUCAACAUCACCGAAUUCAUACUGGGGAUAGACCUUAUAAAUGUACAGAAUGUGGCAAGGCCUUUAUUACGCGUUCUAAUCUUACUGAACAUCAGCGCAUGCAUACUGGAGAGAGACCAUAUAAAUGUACUGAAUGUGGCAAAGCCUUUAAUCACAACUCAAGUCUUACUCAACAUCGGCGAAUACAUACUGGAGAGAGACCUUAUGAAUGUGCUGAAUGUGGCAAAGCCUUUGGUCGGAGUGAUUAUCUCACUAAACAUCUGAGAACACACACUGGAGAGAAACCCAAGUAAUGGAACAAGUGAUGGAAGAGGUUUGCCCUAAACAUGGAUCAGAAAACCCAAGAGUUUAUACAAAAAAAACAAUGGAAAUGAUGUAACCAAUAUGUAGAAAAGUAAUCAAAAGUUAAAAUCUAAAUAAAUAUCAGAGAUUGCAUAAUAGAAGGCAUUUCACCAAUCUGUUUUCAGAAGUUUCUCUAAAGUAGAAUGACUGUAGGGAGCACUCCAUAGUUAAAACACAUGGAAAAUGGACAUAUUGGCAUGAAUCGUGAGAUGACGGUUGAUGGUUAGAAAGUUACAAUUCUUAGCAAUGUAUGUAUGAAAGUGAAAGUGAAGUCGCUCAGUCGUGUCCAACUCUUUGCGACCCCAUAGACUGUAGCCUACCAGGCUCCUGUGUCUAUGGGAUUUUCCAGACAAUAGUACUGGAGGGGAUUGCCAUUUGAAUGCUUGUUUAUAAUGACAUGAUUUGAGAUUCUUUGACAUGAAUGUAAUUCAACACUCAAUCCAUACUAAGCUUUAUGCUGUGUUUGGAAACAUAGAUUUUUUAUGGUUUAUUAAAGAUUAGCCUUUUUA